UCCCCGAGCUUCUCAGCCCUGCGUCCGCGCCCUGCGUCCGCGCCCCGCGCCCGCAGCCCGCCCAGGCGGAGUCAGCCCGCGCUCCGCCCGCCGCGCUCCGGGCUCGGAGGUCCGGACUCCGGGCUCGCUGCCUCCCGGGCCGGCUCCGCGCCCCGCACCCCCGCGCCCCGCGCCCCCGAGGGCGGAGCGCACCAUGCCUCAGCUGGACUCGGGCGGGGGCGGCGCGGGCGGCGGCGACGACCUCGGCGCGCCCGACGAGCUGCUGGCCUUCCAGGACGAGGGCGAGGAGCAGGACGACAAGAGCCGCGACAGCGCCGCGGGCCCCGAGCGCGACCUGGCCGAGCUCAAGUCGUCGCUCGUCAAUGAGUCCGAGGGCGCGGCCGGCGACGCGGGGGUCCCGGGGGCGGGCGCCGGUGCCCGCGGCGAGGCCGAGGUCGGGGCCGAGGCUCUCGGGCGGGAACACACUUCGCAGAGACUUUUCCCCGACAAACUUCCAGAGUCUCUGGAAGACGGCCUGAAGGCCCCAGAGUGCGCCAGCGGCAUGUACAAAGACACCGUCUACUCCGCCUUCAAUCUGCUCAUGCACUACCCACCCCCGUCGGGAGCAGGGCAGCACCCCCAGCCGCAGCCCUCGCUGCACAACAAGGCCAGUCAGCCUUCCCACGGCGUCCCCCAACUCUCUCCUCUCUAUGACCAUUUCAGCAGCCCACACCCCACACCUGCUCCAGCCGACAUCAGCCAGAAGCAAGGAGUUCACAGGCCUCUGCAGACCCCUGACCUCUCUGGCUUCUACUCUCUGACCUCAGGCAGCAUGGGACAGCUCCCGCACACUGUGAGCUGGCCCAGCCCUCCUCUCUACCCCCUGUCCCCUUCCUGCGGAUAUAGACAGCACUUCCCUGCCCCCACCGCAGCCCCUGGCGCCCCCUACCCCAGGUUCACCCAUCCACCCCUGAUGCUAGGUUCCGGUGUACCUGGUCACCCCGCAGCCAUCCCCCACCCAGCCAUUGUGCCCCCUUCAGGGAAGCAGGAGCUGCAGCCCUAUGACCGCAGCCUGAAGACGCAGGCAGAAUCCAAGGCAGAGAAGGAAGCCAAGAAGCCAACCAUCAAGAAGCCUCUGAACGCCUUCAUGCUGUACAUGAAGGAGAUGAGAGCAAAGGUCAUUGCAGAAUGCACACUCAAGGAGAGCGCUGCCAUCAACCAGAUCCUGGGCCGGAGGUGGCACGCACUGUCCCGGGAAGAGCAGGCCAAGUAUUAUGAGCUGGCCCGCAAGGAGAGGCAGCUGCACAUGCAGCUCUACCCAGGCUGGUCGGCGCGGGACAACUACGGGAAGAAGAAGAGGCGGUCACGGGAAAAGCACCAAGAAUCCAACACAGGAGGAAAAAGAAAUGCAUUCGGUACUUACCCGGAGAAGGCCGCUGCCCCAGCCCCGUUCCUUCCGAUGACAGUGCUCUAGGCUGCCCCGGGUCCCCAGCUCCCCAGGACUCGCCCUCGUACCUCCUGCUGCCCCACUUCCCCACAGAACUGCUUGCUAGCCCUGCGGAACCGGCGCCUACAUCACCAGGUCUCUCGGCCACUCUCAGCCUCCCAGCCCCCUGGGCCCCCUCAGGCUCCUCACAGCAACCUGCAGAGUACACAGGUACAGCAACAGGAAUCUCAGAGACAGGCAGCCUAGCAUGCACAGGACACAUGGCUUCCUCCAGGGGCCCACC